AUGGGUCCGAAGGACUUCUCAGGGACUAUUGAUCCUAUGGUGGCAGAGAACUGGAUCAAGUCCAUCGAGGUCAUUUUCCGAUUCAUGGCAUUGGAAGAUGCUGAUAUGGUAAGGUGUGCUACUUAUCUUUUGAAGGAUGAUGCUUUGUUAUGGUGGGAAGGAGCAUCCCUAUCCGUCGAUCUAAAUACACUUUCUUGGGAGGGCUUCAAGGAGGUGUUCUACUCUAAAUACUUCACCGAGGAUAUACGCUCAAAGUUGACUCGGGAAUUCAUGACGUUAAGGCAGGGCGACCGUUCCGUUGCUGAGUUUGUCCGAGAGUUUGAUCGGGGGUGUCACUUUGUACCCUUGAUAGCUAAUAAUCCUAAAGAGAAACUGAGGCACUUCAUUGAUGGUUUGCGGCCUAUCUUGCGUCGUGAUGUAAGGGUGGCUGACCCUAAGGAGUUUGCAGAGGCUGUGACCAGGGCCUUGAGGGCAGAGCAGGAUCAGAGGGAUAUUGAAGUUGAUAGGCAGGGCAAAGGGCCAUAUAUGGUGCCUCACCAACAACCUUAA